UGAGCGGACGGGUACGAGCGGAAGCCGCGUUUGUUGUUCUUCCUUCUGUUUCCGAGACGUUCAGGGUCUGAACGGGUUCAACAGCCGUGUCUGCAUGUCUCCAACAAUUCACUCUAUAAAUCGACUGCUACCGCCCCCGAAUGAAGAUUAACAGGUAUGCCAAAGGAAAAAUAUGAUCCUCCAGAUCCCCGUAGAUGUUACACCAUCAUGUCAGCCGAGGAGGCGGCCAAUGGGAAGAAGUCUUACUGGGCCGAGCUCGAGAUAUCUGGACGGGUGAGGAGUCUGAGCACCUCGUUAUGGACGCUCACCCACCUGACGGCACUGCACAUCAACGACAACAACCUGACCCGCAUCCCGCCAGACAUCGCCAAACUGCCCAACCUGGUCUAUCUGAACCUAUCGUCCAAUAAGCUCCGCAGCCUGCCCGCCGAACUGGGCAACAUGGUCUCUCUCAGGGAAUUGCUUUUAAACAACAAUCUUUUACGAGUUCUGCCUUAUGAACUUGGGAGGCUUUUCCAGUUACAAACUCUGGGGCUAAAAGGAAACCCUUUGUCCCAAGACAUCCUCAAUCUGUACCAGGAGCCUGACGGAACCCGAAAGCUUUUGAACUACAUGCUCGACAAUCUAGCAGUGCACCCAGAGCAGCUCCCACAAAGACCUUGGAUCACUCUCAAAGAGCGAGAUCAGAUGAUUCCCACAGCUGUGUUCACGGUCAUGUGCUACAACGUGCUCUGUGACAAGUACGCCACGCGACAGUUGUACGGCUACUGUCCAUCCUGGGCCCUCAACUGGGAGUACCGGAAGAAAGGCAUCAUGGAGGAAAUCACCAACUGUGACGCUGACAUCAUCAGCCUGCAGGAGGUGGAGACAGAGCAGUACUACACUUUGUUUCUGGAAACACUAAAGGAGCGCGGCUAUGACGGCUACUUCUGUCCAAAGUCUCGUGCCAAACUGGUUUCUGAACAGGAGAGGAAACACGUGGAUGGCUGCGCUGUGUUCUUCAAGACCGAGAAGUUUACUUUGGUCCAGAAACACACUGUGGAGUUCAACCAGGUGGCAAUGGCCAACUCUGAGGGCUCAGAGGUCAUGCUGAACAGAGUGAUGACCAAAGACAACAUCGGGGUGGCUGUUUUGCUUGAGGUCAACAAGGACAUGUUCUCCAGUGGCAUGAAGCCACCCCAGGAGAGGCAGCUGAUCCUGGUGGCCAACGCCCACAUGCACUGGGACCCCGAGUACUCGGACGUCAAGUUGAUCCAAACCAUGAUGUUCCUCUCGGAGCUGAAGAGCAUUGCUGAAAGGGCCUCGGGCUCCGUGGCGACCGGUUCGCCGACCUCCGACCCAUCCUCCAUCCCUAUCGUCCUGUGUGCUGACCUCAACUCGCUGCCUGACUCCGGUGUAGUGGAAUACCUGAGCAACGGAGGAGUGGCCGAGAACCACAAGGACUUCAAGGAGCUACGCUACAGUGAAUGUCUAACCAACUUCAGCUGCAACGGCAAGAAUGGCAACUCAGACGGAAGCGUCACACACAGCUUCCAGCUGAAGAGCGCCUACGACAGCAAUCUGAUGCCUUACACCAACUACACAUAUGACUUCAAGGGCGUGAUCGACUACAUCUUCUUCUCCAAGACCCACAUGAGUGUUCUGGGCCUGCUGGGACCGCUGGACAGCCAGUGGCUCAUCGACAACAACAUCACCGGCUGCCCCCACCCCCACAUCCCCUCGGACCACUUCUCCCUGCUGGCCCAGCUGGAGCUGCAGCCUCCCCUGCCCCACCCGCUCAACCCCCUCAAUGGGCUGCACCUUCCGGUCCACAGGUAGUGCAGCCCGAAAGAGCCCCGCCCACCCUUCUUACGCCACCUGCAAACACUGUCCUCCCCCUCCAGCUUUAUACAGGACCCUGUACAGUUUAUCGAUCAUGUUUAAACUCAGACCCCUCCAAGACACCCCUACCCAAAAGGAGUGAAGUAUUUGCCCGUUUGUUGCUCCUUUUUGUGUUUUUGCACACUGUAAAUGUUUUAUUUUAUUUUACUUUUUCUUUCUCCCCUUAAAAAGGCUUGAUACCAAAUGUACGGCUUGGGAUGAAGUUGCUAUGGUAACCCCCAAUGUCAAUUUGUUUGUUUGCCUUAGAAACGAUCAUGACCACUUCUUAGAUUCUGCUCCUACAACAACAAACCUUAACUAAUUAUAUCAACUUUUAAAAGAUACAUUUUCAACACAAAUGUCAGCAGAAAAAGCUGAAUAUCAUUUGCAUUUCUUUUUUCAUUUCACACAGCUGUGAAAUCAUCUUUUUAGAGUAAAAACAGAACUGGAACCUGGUAUCACUCCCAAAUUAACUGACAGGUAUUUUAAUAAAAGGAGUAACACUACAAACAACUGAAUCAAAGCUAGGAAUGUUGUACGAGGAUAUGAAAGGUUUGUUUGCAUCAGUCUUUUUUGUAAACACAGGUCCAUAUUUUUAGUUCUGAUCAGCCGAAAAACACCAACAUAGUUAAUUCAACUACAUGUGAGUAAAGACCAUAUAAUAAUCUAACAUUUUUAAGGUAAAAGAAGUACUGAUUGGGCAUUUUUAAAAGUAAUGUAAUGUCAUUGUAACACUAAAUUGGUGUAUUUCAUAUGGGAACAAGAACGUAAAAUCGUCUCAUGUCACAGCUGCAGGUCUUGUGAAUCUUUGGUCACAUGACAGCGCUGAUGAUAUUGAUGACGGAUUGUUUUAGGGGGCUUUCAGAUUGAAACUUGCCUUGUGGAUAUACUAGUCGUUCAAGUCGAACGUUUCCUGGAUCCCAUUUCCACAUCAUUUGGGAUUAUGUUGCCUGGUCCAGUUUUAAAUAACGUGAGAAAGAAGGUCACCUGACUCAUCUUUUUUGCAAAUCUAAACCUGAAAGCUGCCUCAUGGUGCUGCGUGGAUGUUACCGAGCUGCUGCAUUCACUUCUAUGAAUUUCUUCUUCUUUAAUAUGGGUCUUGUACCUCUCUUUGAUCAUUGCUAAAUAUUUGAUCUGCAGAGUUAUGGUGUUCAUCUUGGCAGAUUCAUGCUCGCUGUAGUUUAAAAGAUGAGAUUCUAGAGUUUUCUGCAUCACUAUGAAGUAAUAAAACAAUCAAUUCAGGCCGAAUGAGUGCCGAAAUCCCAAAUUUAAGCCUUGCAACCAAAUUAGCCCCUGCUCUAUGACUUGCUUUGAAAAAAGUAUUUUAACACAAGAAAUAGAUUUGUAACACGAUCCUGACAUUGACCAACAAGGCGCUUUACACUUUUAGCUUUUGAACACCUACGGUCUUAAAAGAGAAUUGUCCCGUUUCCCAUCACCUGACUGGCCAAAGAAUCUCCCCAGAAUGAGUGACUCAUGCUCUGUCGAUAAUAAGGUAGUAUUUAUUUAUAUGUCACAGAGAAAAAAAAACUUUUUGAGAAGAAUCUACUGAAGAUUUGUGACCAGGAGUUGAAUGUAUUAUGUACCGAAGGCUCACUAGGAAAUUGGUUGUUUGAGCCUCUUAAUGCCAGAUUCCUGUGGACUCUAAACUUUGUAUAUUUAUGUCAGAUGAUUAGAACUAAUAGCCCUUUAUGUACGUUGUAACUCAGGGCUAUGCUAUGCAUCCAGCAGUACCUCUCAAAUAAAGACUCGAAAGAGUCGCACCGUACGAGCAAAACCAAACAGGAAGCUAUUGUUCUGAAAAUCCUUUAUAAGCACAGGUAGUGUAUGUAUGGCAUACAAAUAUGUUGUUGUUGUAGAAAUCCCACGUCUUUGUGCAUUUUUGAUUAAAAAAAAAUACUACUGGACUUUUGUUCCAUUCCCAGAAAGAAAAACUUGGGAAAUUUAAAUUUGUCAAAAUUUUGAGUCGCAAAAAGCAUUGAGAUAAAUUUGGUUUAGAUUCAUCAUCAUUUUGUUUCGUUGUACGGCUUUUAAGAGCAGCUCAGUGUGGGAUCGACAGGAUAAAUGAAUGCAAGAGUUGGACUGGGUAUCAAUAAUAGUGCUGCUAUGAUGGAGAAUUUCAGUACCAAUUAAAUAAAAUAAUAUUUUUUUCCCCAUAUUUUGAGAAACUAAACAAUACUUCUACAAACCCUGUUACAAAAGGGGGCACAAUCCUGAAAUGUUUAAUGUCGUCAAAACCACUGGCUCCAAAUGCAGGGGUCAGGACCCACACAAGGGGUCAUGAGAUAAUUAACAUGGUAGAAAACAAGAGAACUAAUGCAUUUUCAACAAAAUCCCUGUUUCAAUCAGCCCCACUACACUGUCUAAAAUAAAAUACUGUCUAAAUUUGUAAACAUUUUGAUCUAAAUCAGGAAAAAAGUAUAGAGGAUUGAUACCCAGCCCUGUCUGUGCAGGCAGACUGAAAUAGCUGCCUGCACAUGCUCUCAGUGCUUAACAUAUCUGGCACAUUUCCUACUGUAGUGUCUAGUAAACCCUGACUUUUUGAGAUUGAAUUAGUUAAAUUAGUCAUAGCAUUUGCUCUGUUCAGUAUUUGAAAAGAAAAGCCAUAAUUCUGGAAUAAAUGGUGUCAGCACAACACGGCGUCCUGUAACCUCAGCUUUAAACUGCAAUCUGACCGGUUUUACCGGCAGUAUCGGCUUUGCUUCAUUUGCACAUGAUUUGACGCUAACCUCCAGUUUUGGUGGAGUUGAUGAAGUCUAUCUUUGUGAGCAUUUUGAGGCCUAUACUUCACUCCUACACUCACCUCACUGGGUUUUCUGAUUUUGUACAACAGCUGUACAUAAAUUAAAUUGCCUUUGACGACAGGGCGUCUUUCACAUCUGUGAGGGGAAUGUACCAUUCUCCGAUAAAGGGGCGUAUUUUUUCUCACAAAUCAAAGAUGUACUUGUACUUUUAUUUUCUUUGCCCGAUGCACUAAGAUCUCUUAUGUGAAUACAACCUCCACCUGUGUCUGAUGCUCAACAUUGUUUUUGAACUACGGGCAUUUUCUGUCUCUAACUAACAUGCAGUCUUUCAAUUGGUACUUUGUACAAUUCAGUAUUACCAAGUUUUUGAGAAAAAAAGAUAAAUGUUCUAGGUUUAAAAGCAGUUUGUCUUGAUGGCUUUUAUUUCUCCAGCGCACAUCUAAGUGUCCACCCAACGCUUUUCAAGCUCUGAUGAUGUUGCUAAAUCAAAAUUAUUUUGGUUUCUUCCUCUUUCUAUUUGAUGUUUCCCCCUCUGGGUUUUCCAUAUUCCUGUCAAUCACACACAUCAUCCAACAUCAGCCACUUGUUUUUUCCUUUUUUCACCAAAAUAUCCAACUGUCAUUACCUAUAAGCAUUUGACCUGUUAAUUUUGUGUCUGUACAGUGCACCUCACAUACUUUUUCUACAAACAACGUGCCUAGUUUGUACAAUUUCUCCAACAGCAGCACUGCCCAUGAGACCAAGACGCUCAGAGAUUAACCCAGCACCAUCAUCCAGCCAUCUGUCCAUCCAUCCUUUCAUCCUUCCAAACCUUCCUGAAGCAACUCUUUGGGAAUGAGAUCAUGAGGAAUUGAAACUGAAGAGCUAUUCACCUCAGACAGGUUUCUGUUUUUUUUAAUCUAACAGGUUUUUUGUAUCCGUAACAUCAUGGACAAACCCGUCAUUUUUACCAGAUAUCUGAACACUUGUUUGUGGGUUUUUUAUUUUGUAUUUUAGUUCUGCAAAAAAAGUUGCUGUAUCGUUCACAGGAUUACCAUGACCAUCAUCGCAUGCAAUUUCUGAAUGUAAAAAUCCUGUUGUUCAA